AGGAGACCGCCGCUCCUCCGCGCCCGGUGAGCGCGGAAAAGACGCCCGGCAGACCACCUCGGAGGAUCCGAACCCGAGCGUGGGGCCGGGCCGAGGAGGGGUGAAUUCUCGAAACUUGAGGCCCCAGAUGUUCUAUAAGGAGUCUAGUUAUAUAUGAGCCUCCCUUCACCACCGUUCCCAAGAUGUUAAAUCAGCUCCACGGCAACAUCCGGAUUUAAUGAGCACUUCCAUAUUUUCUUCAGCCUGAAACAUAGGUAUUACAGACUUGGCACACAAGAAUUGUGAAGGAGGGUGCAAUGGCGAGGAAUUUAUCUGUAAUCUUUAUUCUGACCUUUGCUCUUUCGGUCACAAAUCCCCUUCAUGAACUAGAAUCAGUAGCCGCUUUCUCUCAGACCACUGAGAAAACUAAUUCAAAUUGGGAAUCUGGCAUUAAUGUUGAAUUGGCAAUUACCACACGGCGACACCAUCUACAACAGCUCUUCUAUCGCUACGGAGAGAAUGAUUCCUUAUCAGUUGAAGGGUUCAGAAAGUUGCUUCAGAAUAUAGGCAUAGAUAAGAUUAAAAAGGUCCAUAUACACCAUGACCAUGAUCAUCACUCUGACCAUGAGCAUCAUUCAGAUCAUGAACAUCACUCUGACCAUGAACAUUCUGAGCAUGACCAUCACUCUGAUCAUGAUCACUCUGACCAUGAGCAUCACUCUCAUCGGAAUCAUGCUGCUUCUGGCAAAAAUAAUCGGAAAGCCCUUUGCCCAGACCAUGACUCUGACAGUUCAGGGAAAGAUCCUAGAAACAGACAAGGGAAAGGAUCUCACCAUCCAGAACACACUGGUGGUAGAAGGAAUGUCAAGGAAGUUGUCAGUGCUAGUGAAGUGACCUCAGCUGUGUACAACACUGUCUCUGAAGGAACACACUUUAUAGAGACAGUAGAGACUCCAAAACCUGGAAAAUUUCACAAAGAUGCAAACAGUUCCACCCCACCCAGCAUCAUAGAGAAGAGACGAAUAGGCCGGAUUGCUAGUAAGAAAACAAAUGAGUCUUCAAGUGAACCCAGAAAGAGCUUUUUGUAUUCCAGAAACAUAAAUGACAAUACCCAAGAGUGUUUCAAUGCAUCAAAGCUGCUUAUGUCGCACGGCAUGGGCAUCCAGAUUCCAUUGAAUGCAACAGAAUUCAACUACCUCUGCCCCGCCAUCAUCAAUCAAAUUGAUGCUAGAUCUUGUUUGAUUCAUACAACAAGUGAAAAGAAGGCUGAAAUUCCUCCAAAGACCUAUUCAUUACAGAUAGCCUGGGUUGGUGGCUUUAUAGCCAUUUCCAUCAUCAGUUUCCUGUCACUGCUAGGGGUUAUAUUGGUGCCUCUUAUGAACCGAGUGUUUUUCAAAUUUCUCCUGAGUUUUCUUGUGGCAUUGGCCGUUGGGACUUUGAGUGGUGAUGCUUUGUUACACCUUCUUCCACAUUCUCACGCAAGUCACCACCACAGUCAUAGCCAUGAAGAACCAUCAAUGGAAAUGAAAAGAGGUCCACUUUUCAGUCAUCUCUCUUCUCAAAACAUAGAAGAAAGCACCUAUUUUGAUUCCACGUGGAAAGGUCUGACAGCUCUAGGAGGCUUGUAUUUCAUGUUUCUUGUUGAACAUGUACUCACCCUGAUCAAGCAGUUUAAGGAUAAGAAGAAAAAGAACCAAAAAAAACCUGAAAGUGAUGAUGAUGUGGAGAUAAAGAAGCAGUUGUCUAAAUAUGAAUCUCAACUUUCAACAAAUGAAGAAAAAGUAGACACAGAUGAUCGACCUGAAAGCUAUUUACGAGCAGACUCACAAGAGCCCUCCCACUUUGAUUCUCAACAGCCAGCAAUGUUGGAAGAAGAAGAGGUCAUGAUAGCUCAUGCUCACCCUCAAGAAGUCUACAAUGAAUAUGUACCCAGAGGGUGCAAGAACAAAUGCCAUUCACAUUUCCAUGAUACACUGGGCCAGUCAGAUGACCUCAUUCACCACCAUCAUGAUUACCAUCAUAUUCUCCAUCACCAUCACCACCAAAACCACCACCCCCACAGUCACAGUCAGCGCUAUUCUCGGGAGGAGUUAAAAGAUGCUGGCAUUGCCACUUUAGCCUGGAUGGUGAUAAUGGGCGAUGGCCUACACAACUUCAGUGAUGGCCUUGCAAUUGGUGCUGCUUUUACUGAAGGUUUAUCAAGUGGGCUAAGUACUUCAGUGGCCGUGUUCUGUCAUGAGUUACCUCAUGAGUUAGGUGAUUUUGCUGUUUUGCUGAAGGCAGGCAUGACCGUUAAGCAGGCUGUGCUUUAUAACGCUUUGUCAGCCAUGCUGGCAUAUCUGGGAAUGGCAACAGGAAUUUUCAUUGGCCAUUAUGCUGAAAAUGUUUCUAUGUGGAUAUUUGCACUUACUGCUGGCUUAUUCAUGUAUGUCGCUCUGGUUGAUAUGGUACCUGAGAUGCUGCACAAUGAUGCUAGUGACCAUGGAUGUAGCCGUUGGGGUUAUUUCUUUUUACAGAAUGCUGGGAUACUUUUGGGUUUUGGAAUUAUGUUACUUAUUUCCAUAUUUGAACAUAAAAUUGUGUUUCGUAUAAAUUUCUAGUUAGAGUGUAAAUGUUAGAGUAGCUUAAACAUUGCUGUUUGAAUAGGUCAUAAGGAAACGAGUUGUAGGCUUUGACAGAUAGCAUUUAAAGUUAGUAGAUUUUGUGCUUUUUGUAUUGAAUAUUCCCAUCUGUACGCUUCUAAGGUCAAUUAUGUUGGUAACAGUGGUACGUGUUAAUAUUUAAGUUAUUCUAUUUCAAAAUUAGAAGAUAUUCCCCAGUAUUACCAGGUUAUUAUAUAAACAAGAGAAUUGGACUGACACAGUCUGUACAUUUUAGAGAAACUGUCUUUAAUACUUUUUGUGGAACUAAUUUAACAUAAGUCCCAUAUUUGUUUUCAGGCAAAAGAACAGGCACAAGUCCCCCCCAAAAAAAUAUUAAAGCACGUACUGAUUUUAAGAAGUGAAGAGGAAACAAAAGAAUUUGAAAGCAGUAGCUUUCUUAUAAAAAUCACAAAAUUGCUUGAUCAUAAUGUAGAGAGUAAAUUUUAGGUAUAAGUAAAAAUAGAUAUAAUUAGUCCAAAUUCAUGUAUAAACCCCUUUGUCAGGGUAUUAAUAUUUCUGUAAAAGUACAGCACUUUUUAUACACUAGAUUAGUUGUAUAUUUGUUUGUAUAGUAAGCAAGUCUAACUAUAUUUAAUGAAGUCAAGCAAUAUGUCACUUAACCAAGAAAUUGGAAUUAUUUGUGUUGGAUAUAUGCCAGAUGAACAUAGUAAGUUUAUAUGUCACCAAAAGACUUGGUUAUCACCAAGAUAUGAAUCACCAAAAGUUAUAUGACUAGGUGCUCUGGUUAUCUGGCUUACCACCUGUCAGAAUGUUAAAAUUUUGACCCAUGUGAGUACCUUAAAACAGCCAGUCAUUGUAAGCCUGGUUCACAUUUGAUCCUAGUUACUCAGAAAACCAAGAUUUGGAGGAUCAUGAUUCAAAGCAA